AUGGGAAAGCAGUGCGCAAUGGCAUCGGACGAGCGGUCGCUUUACGAGGCUGGCAGUGGCCGUAUAUUAAGCCACUUUGCAAGCCUUGUGACGCCUAAUAUGGUCAAGAAGAGUACGUGGCAGCAACGGUCUUGUGACGCUGCGUCUAGCACGGGGCCGUGUGUCGUUUCACAAAUCAAGCAAGUCAAAGUGUUUGAUGAUUUUGUACUGGACAAUCGAACGGAAAGUAGCAAUUGGAGCAGUGAUAUGAGUGGUGAGACGACUAAAUCAUACGCCUUGAGCUUCUCACCGCCGUGUUAUAGUCUCAAGAAGUCGAGAAAGGAGACAAACGUCGUGGCACCGACGUCAAGUGUUGAUUGUUCGACGUUGAGAAGCUCAAUGGGGACGAGCUAUCGAACAGAAGAUCUCGAUGAAGUCAUGGAAGAAGACAUGUACUCGCCUGUGACAUUGUCUGUGAAAUUUCUCAUGAGUCGAGACCCUGAGGAAGAGGAACGAGUGCUCAACUUGAAAUCAGACAGAGAUAAAGUGUAUUUGUACAAGAAGAGAUAUACCGAUACGUAUGAACAUGCAGUUGCAUUGCUAAAGCAUGCAGCAUCACUGGAGCGUGAACGUGCGGACAAACAGUCGGAUCUCGAGUAUUUAAGGGCGACCGUAAAAACUCAGACACAGAUCAUCAUUACACUGAGUGAUAAUCAGCAGUUGAGCGAACCGACAGGUUACCAACAGGAGAAAAAGAUACAGGCUCUGUGUCGUGAAGUCACGGGGCUCGUAAUGCAGCUAAGUCAGCGUGAUUCGCUUAUCAAUAGCUUGCAAGAAGAACGGGAUAAAGCAGCGGAAGCGAUUAAUGCGCUCAAGAUGUCGCAGGGCCUUCGCUCGACUCGUGAUAGCAAAGCGACACAGUCUAUUGAUGGUUUGCGUGAUAAGCUUGAGGUCGCACUUCGCGAAAAGCAGGAAGCUCUGAAGAAGGAACUGCGAGUGGCAGCACAGUUAAAAGAUCUGCAAUUACUUUAUGAGAAGUGCGAAGCUGCAAGAUCAGCACUUUCCGACGGACUCGAUCAAGCAGAGAAGCAGACUGCAGCGCUACAUGCUCAGUGGGUUCAGGAAAAGAAAGAAAUAAUGACUUUGGUGCGAGAAAAAGAUCAGAGGUCGGUAAAACUUGCGGCAAAGUGUGAGCAACUGCUGAAGGAUAACGAAACGAUGAAGGCUUCUCUCAUCCGUCUGUCAGAGAACGAGAAGAAACACCAUUCGACGACGCAGAGUCAAAAGCAAGUUAUUGACAACUCCCUGGCGCAAAUUGCACAGUUACAAUCCGAACUGAGCGAAUGUCGACCGCAAUUGCGUGAGCUAAGCAUGAAAGAGGCAAAAAUAAAUGCUCUGGAAAGGGAUUUAACUGACUCAAAGGAGAAACUUCGACGCUGUUUGAUACGUGUGGACGAGCUCGAAGAACGGCUUAAGCAAAGAGAAAAAGAAGUCCAGGCUACUCAAUCACGAGUCCUGGAGCGUGCUACCAUUUUGGAGCAAAGAGUAUUUGAUUCUGAAGCAGUUCGACGAAGUCUCCAUAAUAAGGUGAUGGAACUGAAAGGGAAUAUUCGCGUAUUCUGUCGCGUCCGGCCAGUUUUGCGGCACGAACUCGCAAGUUCGAGAGGUGAAGAGAUAUUUGCGUUUCCCGACUACCGUACUGAGCGACGACAAAUCGAGCUUAGCGCAAAUCCGAAGUCUCACGUUGGCUACGGCCAAAAUGGGUCACGGAGCGUUGUCAAAAAGUACAGUUUUGACUUUGAUCUUGUGUUCAACAACAAGUGUUCGCAAGAAGACAUUUAUUUGGAAGUGUCCGCGCUGAUUCAGUCUGCUUUGGAUGGAUACAAUGUCUGCGUCUUUGCUUACGGUCAAACUGGGUCUGGCAAAACGUAUACAAUGCAGGGAAAGGAACACAGUGAUGCAAAGUUGAUGGAGCCGUCACCAGAUACUGGAAUUGUUGGUCGAGCAAUUUCUCAUAUCUUCGCUGGCACAGAUGACUUGAGGUCAAGUGGAUGGAAUUUUGCUACAAGCCUGGAAUUGAUUGAGAUUUACAACGAGACUUUGCGCGACCUACUCGCGCCUGCUGAAUCCACCGAUAAAAUUGAUCUUCGUCUAGACAGUGAUGGCAAGGUUAUUAUGGUGAACUCGUGCGUCCGCAAGGUUCACAGCAGCCAAGAGGCGUGGAGCCUCCUACGAGGGGCAAUGUCGAAGAGAUUGACAAAGCUCACAAAAAUGAAUGAUCGAUCUUCACGCAGUCAUUGUGUCAUCACAUUCAGGUUAAGCGGAGAAAAUUUGCUGACUGGGGAGCAGCGAACAGGGAUAAUCAAUCUUGUCGACCUGGCGGGAUCCGAGCGCUUGUCAAAGUCUGGCAGCGAUAGCAACAAAGAACUUCUAAAAGAGGCUACAUCGAUUAACAAGAGUCUUUCGGCACUAGGCAACGUAAUAUGUGCCCUCGCGAAAAAGUCAACACAUGUCCCAUUUCGUGACUCGAAGUUGACACACUUUUUGAGUUCCUCGCUCGGUGGAGAUAGCAAGACGCUUAUGAUAUGCAACUUGUCGCCGCUAGGCGAUCAUCGCGACGAGACGCUUAACUCACUUCGCUUUGCUAAAAUGACAAUAUUUGCUCAGGGUGACAAUCAUCGUGCCUUACCUGUUUCAGCUCACCUUACCUACUCAACUCUUUUAGCGCAGGCGACAUGGUGA